AAAGAAGACGCAAAAUGUGGUGUUUCGAUGAUGAAGAAGAACAAUACCUUUCUGCCGCGGAUAUACUCCGAGCAGCUAUUAUGCAGGAACAAUUAAACAGGAUCGACGAUGCUAUGGUAUGCAGACCAAGCGAUGAUCAAGAAGAAGGGCUAGAUACAGAAAAUGAAGCACUGCAAAUUGAGGAAGCAAGCCGUUUGAAGCAGUCGGGUCUUUCAGCAAACCUAGGGCUACACGUAGAAAAAGCCGAGCCUGACCUUGGGUGCUUUUUCAACCAACCUACCUACAGCGACAUAACCCUACUAGUUGGAUCUUCUUCUUUCCAUGCCCAUCGCCUCAUUCUUUCUUCAUGGAGCAGUGUUCUUAGAGACAUCGUCAAGAUUCCAGAUGGAUUCCGGGCUUCCGGUGGUUAUGCAAAUGAUGGCUUACAGACGUACCGACUGGAUGAGGAGCCAGAUUGCUGCAGGGUGUUCGAUACCUUUUUAAAGUUCAUGUAUACUGGAGAGGUAAGCGUCACAGAUGAUACCAUUCUGCCUCUUCUGCAGUUAAGCAACAAAUAUAAAGUUGAAGAACUGGGUAAGCUCUGUGACAGCUAUAACGGAGCGCUGGAAAUAGAUGUAUCCUCGGCAAUCUCGGUACUCACGCAGGCUAUGAAGUAUAAGAUGGGGCACACGGUGAAAUCGUGUAUCAAUGUUGUCCGCACAAAUCUCGAGCUUGUAACUGCAGAGCAGCUGAAGGCCUUCGACUCGUCAUUGAUCGUUGAAUUACUGAAUUGCAAAGACCAAAGUCUAGUCGUCAAAGACGAAUUCUCUCUGUUUGAGAAGCUGAUACCUUGGUUAUCUGCUUGCCCAGACGAUGAGACCUUCAAGACCGUCGUAGAGUCUAUCCAUUUUCCUUUCAUGACAGCUCUGCAGCUAAAAGCAGUCGCGUCGACUGACAUCAUAGGGAGGAUAGAAAACGUCAGUCCAGCAUUUCAUGCAGACGCUCUUGAGCAGCAUUCCCUCUAUCGAGAAGGAUUUGUCGAAGAGCUCAUACAAUCUACACCUGCUCCUCGGCUUUAUCUGACACCACCAGAAAAGGUCUUUGGCAAGUUUGAAUGUGCAGGACAGAUUUACGACGAAGAAGGUUUUGUGGAGGUGCACUUGAGUUCCCCUAUGAAAUCAAGGAAAAGCACUCUCCAAAAGAUCUUAGUUAACGGUACAAAAGAGGGCACUAUGAAUCAUUACAAAGUCCAUGACUCGGAGAAAUGGCUUAUAGAUGUAAAACCGUUUCCUCGAUGCGAUGAAAACCAAGACCAAUUGUAUGGACUAAUGAUCAGCAUUCAUCUAGUUGCUGACCAAGAAAUCCGCAACGUCUGUUAUUAUGAAGGCAUUGGUGCAGUGUUUGAAAGGAUUGGAUGUUCAUCUCAAUAUGUCCCGCACAACCGGAAUAUCGAGGUGGCUGUUCAGGUCAAGCACGAAGACGGAUCUAGUCACAUCAUUUCUUCGAAGAAAUUUCUUCCGGCACCGAUGGUAGACCUGCAUCGUAAAAAAAUUCGAAGAAGCGAUGACAAGGCUAUUUUCUCUUUCAAAACAUCGUUCGAUACACGGUCGUGGGCAAGUCUACAGAAAAUCAAAUUGAGGGUGUCUGCUGUCAUCCAUCAUGUUCAUCACGAGGGGCAAACCUAGGAAAAUAUUUCGGAAGCGAACCCGAAACCCUUCUCCAGUCCAGUAGGUCUUACUUUUUUUUUCUGGAUUUGGCUUGUAGAUCAGACUCCACCAAUAAUAAUAAUCAUCAACACAUUUCAUCCGACAAGUUGUCAAGUCUGACAUUUUAGGUUGUUAAUGCACGUAUAAUGUAGAGUGUGGCGCGUGUGUAAGUGGGUAAUUGUUGAAUGAGUACUGUAUUUGUAAGUCCAAAUAAUGUGUUUGUAACUGAAUUUGUUUGUGUGUUUGCAUUUGUAUUUAAAUUUAUUUUUGUAUUUUGCAGAUCUGUAUUUCAGGUUUAAUUGUGCUUAACAGAAAGUACAUCAUGUAUUUGUAAAUGUGUAAAAUGCGUAUUCAUGUAAUCUUUCAAAAUUGUGUUGCGGAAAUAUUCAUAUUCAGAUGAUAUGCACAUUUUAUUCAAUUUUCUUUUCUUCGUUUAUUUCCUGAAUUUAAGAUGAUUUUUCUUUUACUUUUGCAACAUUAUUUUGUAUGAUUGAAAUAAGUAAACUGAACCGGAACAGGUGAGAAAGAAGACACUGGACCUGAUUGGUGGUAGUGAUGGUGGGGUGGGGAUACGUGGAGGAUGGGGUAGUACAAAUUCCAAUUAAACAAUCAGUCAAUGAAAACUAAUGUAAAGUCACUAAACUUUUGUAACAUCAGAAUAUUAUGAUGAUUUAAUAUUAGACAUAUUAUUGAACCUUUACAAAUCGUUUACAAUUCAUUUUUUAUGAGAUGUUUAAUAUUCUAUUGAUUUUAAUCGAUACAGGCUUAUAUACAUUAAUCUCCAAACCGGCAACGGUACCAUUCAUCAAACUCUCUUUCUAGUCAUAAUUAUCUCCAUGUGCAUACCAUAAAAUGAAUAUGUACCCCUUCCCAUAUUUUUAAAUUAUAGUCUAAUAAAAGAUAGGGAGAAUGUUUAUUUUCUUAAUUUUGCUACUCCAUCAAAACAGGUCGCGUUAUGUAUAGGAAUGUUAACUUUUUUCUUUCUUGUUUAAUGCAUAAUGUCGGGGAGGAAUAUAUAUAUAUUGCGUGAAAAAAAAGAUAAGAAAGAGACCAUCAACGAUGUCGUUGUCUUCUCUUAACAAUAUCUACCAACUAGUUAAAAACGAUAGUGCUUUCAUCAGAAAUCGAAUCUUUUUGAGCGAUGGUUAUUACGAGCUGAAUAAUAAUGAUAAUAAUAAUUAAAAAAAAAAUAAUAAUGAUAAUAAUAAUAAUAAUAAUAAUAAUAUAAGGUAUUUAUAUUGCGCACAUAUCCACCUUAUUAGGUGCUCAAGGCGCUCCUACAUUACCCGGCUAAGCUAGGCGUUCAUAGCGCACACAGCUUUUUAAGGAAUUACUGACUUCCAUUUACCUCACCUGGGUUGAGUGCAGCACACUGUGGAUCAGUUUCUUGCUGAAGGAAAUAAUGUAAGGACACUUUGCAAACUAUGUUUAAAUAAUUCAUCACCAGUUUGAAUCUGUCGUGAUUUUGGUAGCGCGUGUAUACGUAGCAUUCGAGCCGUAGCCAAUGCAAUGAACCCUCUCCAGUAAAAUUGUAAUGUUUGGAUGAAAAAUUACAAUGACCACCAUUCAAAGACGGUCAUUCUACAAUAAUUAUGAUUUACAGAUUAAUGCUGACAAUUCUUUUGAAGAUCAGUUUGCAUUGUUUAAAAACGCUUUUUAAAAUUUUAAGCACGUUGUUUAAGCCCAUCACUGGCUCUAACAACUAUUAUUAAAACAUUGAAACAAGAUGUUUGAAAGAGUCUAAAAGAAUACAAAAAAUAACAAUUAUUUUAAAGUUUCAACAAAUUAGAGCAACGGGCUUAAACAUUGCGCUAUUUUUUAUUUACUAUUUGGGUGAAUGUUUAUAAUAAAAUGUAUGCCAACAGCUGCGCCUCAUAUAGUGUCCGUAUGUUUUCUUUCAAGAUAGAACAUUCGAAAUUCUUUACUAUAGGUCCAUGAAAGAGGAAAAGAAAAAGACGUUAUAACUAUUUUCAAAAAUGUUCAUCACGCUAAACUAUUUGUUGUUUUCAUUUUUUCUCUUCGCCUGACUGGAAUGGUUCGUUCACUUUGUCCAAGAAAGACCCUUCUCAAAAUCACCCUCUACCGUCAUGUCUUUAGAUACUUCUCUUCUGGAUCCUCUUUCCGAAUGGCCCCUGGUGUUGAAGGCCUUCUUGGGCCGCCUCCUGGAUCGCGCCUGUCUGGUACGACGCCCCCUCUUUGCUAUAGAUAAGGCUCCUCUUGAUAUAGAUAGGGUGGGCGGAGGGCGUCUCCGGCUGCCUCACACCGUACCGAGGCAACGAAUCCAGUCGAACUGGUGGUAUUUUCAAAGAUAAAGAAUUGACACAAAAAGUGAAUAUGAAUUUCAAGAAAUCAUCAAUACUUAUUUGGAAGCAAACCCAUUGAAAAAUGUUUCUUUAUAUUCACUUUUGAUUAACGAAAAAGAGGGGUACUUUAUUUCCCUAAUUAUGACAUAUCUGCUAUAUACGCUUCAGAAAAUAUUAGACUAGUUAAGAUACAAUUUUGCAACUAUAAACAUAUCAAUAUCAGUGAAACCUGUUAAAAUAUCAAUGUUGCAUCCAAGUAUUUGUAGUUGUAGAUUUUAGAAGAAUAACUGUUUCUAAAAUAUCUUUUUCCUAGAAGGUAUGUUUUGUUCAAAGGAAAAUAUAAAAUGCACAUUAAAGAUAUUAUAUUCCCCUGAAAUGAUCCAUGAUAUUGAUGAAAAAAAAAUCAUUACAUUGGGUGAGUGUGAACUUACGGACAAGCUCAAUAAUUCCUCUUUAAUCCGAAACUACAGUUGUAUUUGAAAAAAAAAUAUUUAGUGAUGUGUGUCAACGCUGUGUGUGUUUAUGGGCGAAUGCGCGUAAUAGGCAUUUUUAGAUUUUAAUUAAUGCGACUGGACCAAAUUUAAAAGAAAAAUAUAAUGUGGUAUAAUUGUUCAAAUGUAAUUUGUGACUUAACACCUCCAUGAAAAGCUCGAACUGUAGGCUUUUAGUCCCAAAAAACUCCCUUUCAUCGAGUUUGUGAAAAUCGUUGAGUUUUCGGAGUCACGCGUUCAAAAGUUUACAAAAAAUGAUAUGAACGAAAUUGUAUUAAAUGAGUUAACAUAUAAUAAAA